CCAAAUACUAUUUUAUUAUUAUUUCAAGCAGCGCGGCAAGAGUCUCGCGCCGAAUAAAUCUUGUUGAUAUUAUUAGAUUAGGAAUAUUUCCAUUAUUGUAUCUUCCUUUUCUCUCGAUAGUAUUAUAAAUAACACAAACGAUUUGUAUACUAUAAGACUUUCUCAAUCUCUCUAAUAUCUUCUUCCUUUGUGUAACUUCACGAUGACGACGCCGGUGAGUAAGAACAUCGCCAUCAGGCCUGUGGAGUUCUACGGAAACGCACUCCCCCGUCCUCGUUUCUUCGCUAAUCCUCAGUUCAACUCUCACCGCGUCGAUCCGCCGCUUCUCUCGUGGGCUAGAGACGCUCACUGGUCCACGGGUGGUCUCAACUUCACGCGCCUCCGUCUCCAGGGACGAAUCGAAGGUAGCGUCGACAAGCUCCGAGCGCAGCUCGAGGAUUCCAGCCCUGGAGACUCCGAGAAGAAGAGAUCCGGUUUUGAUUCUUCUCCGGCGGCUCCGGUUGCGGUGAAACGAAGGAGGUACGUAGAUCUUAACGAUGAUGAGGAUGAGAUUGGAUCGGGAGAUGAGGGAGUGGCGAGGAUUAUCAGAAACCUCUCUGGUGAUUUUGAUAGAGUCGCUGGAGAGAGUGAGAUCUGUAAGAAAUCGAUUGGAUCCGAAUCAGUAGGAAAGAAGAGGUUGAAGAAGAAGAAAACAAGUUCGAUUAGGACGUCUCCAAGAUUGACAAGAAUAAUCCCUCUAGGUUUUAGAUUUUAAUUCAUGAGAAUGUAACUUCUUAUUAGUUUCUGAAUUUCCUAUAAAUAUAUUAAUUUCUCUGCUUUAACUGAUAAAAUUAUGAUUAUUACC